CGUAGCCUGAUUUGUUUUUCAUGGCGGGAUGUGGGGCUGAAGUCUCUGGAAGGAAGCCUCGAGUUUGCGAACUGUGUGUCCUGGCUAAAACCGAGAGACGUUGUCCUAUGUUCAGCGACUUAGCACUCAUAAUUGACAUAUCUAAGUUUAAAUGUGUUUGAUUCCGAGUACUUUAAAAAGUCACUGCUACUCUCUCCUGUCAGGCUUGCUAACUUUAAGGAAGCAGUCCUCCUUAAGUUGUCGGGAGGUUUGACUAACGUUAAGUUAAACUUUAAGCGAUGGAGAGUUCACUUGUAAAAGACAGCCCACUGCUUUUACCUCUUAACAAGGAGAAAACUGUCUAUGACGGCUUCAUCACAGUCCAAGAACGAGACUUCAGAAUGAGAAUACUGCUACCACCAGAUCGCCAAGUUAAACGGGCCAGGCUGCACUGCUGUUGGCAGUUAAAACACCUGUUGCGUGGGUAUGAGCACAUUGUGAAGCAGAGGCUGCAGCAGUCGACUGAUCUUGUCAGUUUCAUUCUGGAGCUGAAGACUGUCUUGGAAGUGGGUUUGAAGAGCCAUCCUGAGUGCCGCUCCAUCCCGCCUCCACAGUACUACUCUCAGCUCAUCUCUGAGAUGGAGACCCUUGGGUGGGUCAAGCUGCUCUUCAUAGACACGGAGUUCCGAACGUUGAGACUGAAUGCGGAGGACUCCUCUGGAAGGCAGCAUGUUCUCACUGUUAAACUCAAGCCCAAGCUGCUUCCACCAGAUCCAGCGCCAGGUCAUCCCUCACCAGGCACAGUUAGGGAGGAGGCAGCACUGGCAUGGACACGUGGAGGUUUGGAUGGCAGGGAAGUGAGAGAGGAAGAGCACAGGGAAAGGACAGAAAGUAACUUGAUGAAUAAGCACCCUGCAGAGGCUCCUGAAUGCUCAGCUGACCUGCCAGUCCCUCUGGCCUUAACCUGGACACCACAGAGUACUCUGGACAAUCUCCACAAGCAGUUCCUGCUGGUUUUGGAGUCCCUGACCGAGUUCUGGGACGUCCUAGAUGAGAUUGACAGUAAGACCUGGAUUCUGGAGCCGGAGAAACCCAACCGGUCCCACACCAUGAGGCGGAUCGCCAUCGGAAAUAACGUAUCCAUGAAAGUGGAGGUGGAUCCCAGACACCCGAAAAUGCUGCCAGAGUGCUGCCUGCUGGGACCCGAGCACGUGGUGACUCCGCUGAGGAAUAAGCUGAACGCCAACAUGCACCUGUGGAACCCGGACUCCAGUGUCUUGCACAACCUCCGGGAUGUUUUGGAGAUCGAAUUCCCAUCACCUGCCACCCACGAAAAAUCUAGCUUCAGCGUAGAGUGUGGGAUCUGUUACUCCUAUCGUCUUGAAGCUGCGAUCCCCGAUCAGGUGUGUAAUGACCCUCGCUGUGGCCAGCCCUUCCACCAGGCCUGUCUGUAUGAGUGGCUGCGAGCGCUGCCCUCCAGCAGGCAGAGCUUCAACAUUGUUUUUGGAGAGUGUCCUUACUGCAGCAAGCCUAUUACUGUGAAAAUGGCAGGCCAGAAGUCCUGAGAAGUGGCUUUGUGUUCCAGUCAGCUCCAUCUCCACAGUGCUAAAACUCAGAAGUCCGUUUUUAUUGUCAAAAGGGUUUAAAUGCACUUUGGAAAACUCCAAGAACAGCACCCAAGAAUAGGAAGACACCUACAAAGACAAACCAGGAAAACGGUUCUUUCCUUUGUGUGGUACCAGCUUCCCGUUCUGGACCUCUGACGACAGAGCUUUCCUCUUCACCAAAGCGGUCUCUGUGGAGCAGCCUUUCAUCCCGUCCUUCCCUGUAAUGCGUUUGGUCUUUUGAGUCACAGUUUGUCAUGCAUUUCCUACUUUGCGGGUGGACUCGUCGUUCCCGUCCCCCCGGGGUCACGCAGAGGUCGUCUGCUUUCCUGCCGUUCCAUUUGGAUAUUUCUUUCUGUUAAAGAGGGUAAUUUACUUGUUUGCUCAGAACUGCCAAUAACCUGGACAACUCUACUAAAACUGUAUGUGGAAAAAUGUUGAGAACUUGAGUCACAACAAGAAGUUUGAAGGUUUUACAUCAUCUUUAUAAAGGCUUACUGAUAAUAAGACUUGAUUUGGAGCCAUUUUAAGUAAAGCAGGUUCAAACCAGACAAAACUUGCAGCAAAUUAAAAGCAGUCUCACAGAAGGAGCCUGGCUGCUCUAGUGUCUUGGCCUCAAACCUGUUUAGGCUGAGCUCUGGGGCCUGUUGGAGGGCCUCUCAGAUAGCAUGCAGCAAUGGGUCUGGGUCUGGGCUCAUCAUCAUCCUCAUCAUCCUCAUCUUCACUGUCAUCUUCUUCAUAAGUCACCGCAGGUUCAGGCCUUGGCCUCAGUGAUCUGCUGACAGCAGGCAAAGCUCCAUCUUUAUUCUGAGGAAAAAAACAGCAGUCCAUUAUUCAUUUAUCAAUGUCUGACUGGAUUAUUUGCUUCAUUAUGUAUAAUUCUAUGAUUAAUGUGUUUCUGUGCUAACACCCUAAAUGUGGCCACCGGAAAAGGCUCUUUUAAAAUGAAAAUCGUAACAAUUUAGUACCUAUACAACCUUACAACUUAGUCUUUAAUUGAGCUUGAAGAGUUGUUUUUUUGGCCAUUCCAUAACAUUCUUAGAUGUACACCAUCUUGGGGUUUAUAUUCAUAUUAUCUAAACAUAUAAUAUACAGAAAUAACUACAAAACAAAAGAGUGAACUACUGGUUCAUUCAUCUUUUAAUUUGUGUUAUACUAUAGAAACAAACUCCCACAUCCAUCCAACUUCAAAUUGUUUACUUAACAUACAUCACAGUACAUUAAGCUCUUUCGGCCACUUGCUCUGGCAUAUUUUACUUGCUUCCAAGCAUACUUGUCCAAAAUGGAAAAUAUAGGCCUAUUUAAAAAAAUAAUAAAAUCAACAUGGAUUUUUAUUAUUAGAAUUAAUGAACAGGUAACAGUUACAUAGCUGGGAUGAUUCUAAAUUAAACAUCUGCACUUGCAAGCAAGCCACACAUACCAGCUAGCUCUAAAAGCGAAGACUACCAGACACUGUUGAUGUCUACAGCAAAGUAAAAAUAAUAUACUAUUUUUUGUGGGGUUCAUCAAAAGUAAUGAUAAAUUAUUCAAAGUCUAUAUUUAUGAAUGUUUAGUCAUCAAUGUUUUAUUAUACUGAAGAAGUCGCAUUUUCUUGAUACGACUGGUCUGAAAGUUUCCUUUUUAAUCUCAAUAUUUCUGAGGGCAAACUAUUUGGUGUUCUUUAUUGAUUUUUUUUUUUUUUUUUUUUUUUUCUGUUCUUUAACAUUCCAGACUGUUAUUCCAAAAUGACAUUUUUAAAGGCAGGAAAAUGAAUGCCGGCUGCCAAAUUUAUAGUUUGAUUUCAAGUGUCCUUGCUUAGUGUUAACGUGUAGGCUAAAUGCAACAACUACAAUAUCUGUUUUUAACACGGGAAAAUGAAUAAAGACAUCGCAUUUAUUUUUCACUUGCCCAUAGUAAUGGGCAUUUCCUUAACAUCUGUCCCAUCCUAUAUGAAUAAAAAAAUGCUUAAUGUUUAUUUACUUUACAUGUUGUCAGUUAUCCUGAACUCAAAUGUAAAUGAGUCUUUGUCAGGAAUUAUUUAUGUAAUGUUUUACAUCACAAAGUAUGACGCAAUUUAAUAAACUUGUGUAUGUGGUGUGCUCACAUUGUGUAACAUUCACAUUUCAUAGGUUCAGGUAAAACUUUCAUACUGUAACACUUGUCUUUGGAAAGUGAAAAAGUUGCAGAAUAAAGUCACCAACUCUGCUGGC